AGACCGGGACGAUGGCAAGCAAGAACCGGCCCGUGUGCACGGGGAACGCGAGGACGCCAACGCCGCCUCCCUCACGGGGGCGCAGAGCUUUGGGGUUGGAGCAGCGCAGGCUGGCUCCGAUUCCUCGGCGCCAACACCUCACUCCGCUCCGCCCGUCGAUGGGCAGGCCGGGGGCGGAAGCCGCAAAGCCGGGGGAUCGAGCUCCGCGGCGAGGGAGGGCGUCUCCGGUGUCUCCCCGCCACCACCUCCAUCUGCUCCGCCCGUCGAUGGGCAGGCCGGGGGCCGAAUCUUCGAAGCCGGGAGAUCAAGCUCCGCUGCUGCGCACGCCCUGGAGCAGGUUAUAUGUGGAUCUUUACCCGUCUCUUGCGGAAAAGCUUUUUUGUAGAAAAGGCACCGGAAGCUCGGAGAGACCUCACGUGAAUCGACAGGCAAUUUCUUUCUAGGGCGCCCUUGAUUAUUAUGCUGAACAGAUUCGUGCAAUUCAUUUACAUGGAAGAGUAGAUCCUGUGAAUGUGUUGGACCUUCGUGGUCUUUACUCAGACUUUAGACCAGUGAAAGUUGACGGGGAAUGUUUCUACAGGAGCUUCAUAUUUUCCUACCUUGAGCAAAUUCUUGGUAGGCAAGACACAAAUGAGGAAGAACGCCUCCUUGCAGCUAUCGAAGAGGUGGCUGAGGAGGAACAUGCACGUCUUGGAUGGGCUUCUGAAUUUUCUAGUAGCCAUGAAGUAAGUUCCUGCCUUUUUCCACAUUUGUGUUUUUUCCUUGGAUAAACAUAUUCGUAAGGGACAAUUCUCUUUUAAGUUACUGUACAUGUCAAAAUGGAUUCAGUUGUCUAACCAUCAUUGUUGUAUCAUUUGAAGGAGAUGCACAAUUGCUUAGCAGUAGUGACAUGGCAUUGCAGUUUAUGCCCUGUUGACGCAAACUUAAGUCUGAAGCUUAUUAUGAUGUUACAACUUGAAACCCAACUUAGCAAAAAUGCACCUAAAGUUUAUUUGUAAGGGAUACUAGUAUUACAAUGUAAACCGCAAGAGUAUAAUUCUAUGCUUCAUUGAACACUGAAAUGCUUCAGACCUGCUGCUUCUUAUGAUGUAGCCAUGUUACCAUUCUGUUACUAAGUAUUUGUACUAUUUAACUAUUUUAUAGUAGUCCUAGACUGUUAAUAACUGAA